AUGUUUGAUUACCUUUAUCGUGCCGCUUAUGACGACUGUUACACGGAACCAGCUGAAGACGCCCCUGAGCAAACCGAAUCAGCAGAGCCAAGCGAGACACCAACUAUAGAUAAUGCGAAUGAAAGCAGUACGGCCACAUUUGCUAGUCUCGCUGCCGAAGGAAGCAGGGCACGUAUCAAUGCAGAGAUAUACGCCCUCGCUGAUAAGUAUCAGAUUGAGGGAUUGAUGAAGUUGUCUAAACAGAAAUUGCAAUCCCACCUUCAGUCAAAUUGGAAAUAUCCGGAAUUCAUCGAUACAGUUCGGUAUGUCUACGGGCCAGACAGCCCUCCCCACUCGGAGCUACGCGACAUUUUGUCAAGAUCCGCCAUUCAGCAUUUAUCCGCUCUUCAACCCCAGCAGCAGUUUCAUGAUAUCAUGAGAACAUUUGCCGCAUUUUCAUACGAUUUCUCGGCUUUGAUGAUGGAAAAGGUGCUUCAGCUAGAACAGAAACUGUGGUAG